CCUUCUUGUCUGCUAAGGCUCGUUCCCCCGCAUCUUGGGGUUGGCAGAGCAUCCUUCAUGGUCGACAGUUGUUGGAUAUGGGAUUACGGUGGCAAAUUGGCAAUGGACAGAAGGCUUCUCUCAUCCACUCUCACUGGAUCCCGCGCUUACAUCCUGAUCCCCCAGUUUACAAUCCCCAGGUGUUGCUUGUGGGGGGUGAUCCUAAAGUAGCGGAGGUUAUUUGCUAAGGUGAGGGGCGGUGGUGUGAUCUCAAGCUUAGUCAGUGGUUUGACCCGCUUACUUGUCAGGAAAUUAAAGCUAUUCCCCUUCUGCGAUGAGACAUUGCGGAUAAACUGAUCGGCAUGCCACACAUGAUGGCGUUUUCACUGUAAAAACGACAUACCACCUUGCUAUUUUCUUGGAUAAGCAAAGGGGCAGCUGGAGAGCAUCGACAAGCUGGAUGGAUAGAGCUGGUUGGAUUCGUUUGUGGGAGGCGAAUAUUCCCCCCCCCCCCCCCCCAAAGUUGAAAGUUUUUGUUUAGCAAAUCUUUCACCGGAUUCUCCCCACUACAGGGGCUCUCCCCACUGCAGGGGGGAUGGUAAUUUUGAAUCAGGACCGGGAUGUCCUUUUUGUUAAAGGUGUGCAAUUCCCGAUGAUUGAUGAUCCCAUGGUAGUAGAAUUACUCGACCUUCGUGAAGCAGUUUUGUGGUGCAUCAGUCAUGGCUUCACCGACAUGAGGUUUGAAGGGGAUGCUAAGGUGGUUAUUGAUAAGAUCCUAGGAGCGGACACCAGUGAUAGUCGCAUGGGGGCGAUUCUUGAGGAGAUUGUUCAGUUUGUUGCAAGCUCUCCGGGGUUUAGUGUUCGAUUUGUAGGUCGGCAUAGCAAUAGGGUAGCCCAUUUGGUGGCUCGCAAAGCCCUCUUUUUGUACCCGACUACGAGUCGUUUAUUUGAUUUUCAGAGCUGGCUGAACUCCAGAAUGUAACUAUCUAUUUAUUUCAAUACAUAUAUGAUUAUCUUAUGUAAAAAAAAUGUUUAUGGUAAUGGCGAUGAAUCUGAAACGAGCCUGAAACUUGAUUAGGUUAGGAUAUCUUGAAAAAUAGGGUUUGUGAUGUGGGUGUCAGUCUAGAAAUUUGUGGUGUCUAUGGUGAGUUUGAUUAUGAGAUUCAGUUGAUGGUGGUUGUGAUGGUUUUGGUUAAUAAUGGGUUUAGAUUAGAGGGGAAGUGCUUAAACAAAAAGGAAAGGUAUCUUAAUCAUCUCAGAGUCAAGGUCCUUAAUUGUUUGUUUUGAAUCUGGAUUUUGGUAUCUAAUUGAUUUAAACGUGGAUUUGAUAACUGAAAUGAUCUUGAAGAAGGAAAAGAAAAUGUAGAGGGAAAUCUUACAAGAAAAUAGUUUCCAAUCAAAUGAAGAUUGAACAUAUAAAGUGCACAUUCAGAAAGAUCAACCUUUUCAAUAGUUUUAUAGCAACGAUUGUGAGUAUGGAUUACAGUGGAUGGAAAGGAUGGAUUAGUUAUUUAAGCUCUUGAGAAAGGUAGAAAAUGAUGUGAUUAUGUAUAAAUAAUGAUCAAUGAUGAUUAGUUUGAUCACAAACCUUUUCCUUGCUUGGUGAUGACUCUGCUCUUCCUUCCAAACUCCUUUGGGUGGCCUUGCUGCUGCCUUGGCCGAUCGAUUCCUUCUUUUUAGUUUUGUUAUACUUUUGUAAUUUUGUGCAGUUGAUUCGGCUAAGAAGUAAAAGGAGAGGGGUGGAAGAGAGAGUUCAUUGUAUGUGUUUGUCGAGUUCUUUGGCUUCUUUUUUCUGUGUGUGUGGGUUGUAUAUUGUUAAAAAAAAAGGAAGAGAGUUCUGAUGUUGUCUUCUUACUGUCUAUUUAUUGUGGUUCAUAGAAGAAGGAAGGCCAUGCUAGAAAGAAGAAGAGCUGAGAACAUAGGGCUGGGAAACGGUGCGGUCUGGUUCAAACCGGAGCAUAUACGCGGUCUACGGUCCAGACCGAGAGGUUAGAGUAUAGACCAUAGACCAGACCACAGACUAUAACAAUUUAUUUAGUCAACCGAACAAAAAAAUUGAACCAAUAACCAAGAGAAAAUAUUUUAUUUCCUUGAAACUUAAAUUCCUACAUGCAUGGAUGAUUAUGACACCAUAAAUAUAUGCAAAUAAUAAAGAUACAAAGUCAAAACAUUCCAACUUAUACCAUAACAUCAUAAACAUUUACAUAAUGUCAUAUGAAGACAUGAUCGUCUCUACUCUCUAGUGAAAUGUGGUUGUGAAUGAAGGAGGGGACAAGAUUCUCAAAAUUAAGAUUGAGACUUGGGUUUCGUUGUGGGAGUUGGGAGAGUGGUCAAGUGGGUUGCUUAUACAAAUUGAGAAGCAUGCUGGGUUCACGGUUUGGUCCGGUAAAUCGCGAUCUAGACCAUACCAGACCAAGAAAUAAAAACAUCAUAUAAUACAUACUAUGGACUAGACCAAACCAUACUUAACGGUCUAUAGUACAGACCAAACUGUGCGGUCCGGUUUGGACCAUGGUUUUUCAAAUGGUAUGGUCUACUUUCCUAGUUCUACGAGAAGAGAGUGUGUAUAAGAAAGAAGAAGAAAACAAUCUUGUGUUUUAGGCAUUAGAGGCGUGGAGAAGAUGAUGAAGAAAAAACAGAGGAAGGCCUCUGCCCUUUCUGUUUUUUGCAGAGUUUUGUUCGGAUGAAGAAGAAGAGAAGAGGUUGAGGAAGGAAAAAUUGGAUCCCCUUUCUCUGCCUGCUGAACCCAUUUUUUAUAGAGAAAAUUGUAUGUAGGUACAGUAGAGUAGAAUAGGGUAGGUUUGUGUAUUUUUUUAUUGGUUGUUGAGUGGGAUGGGGUUGCACUGGUUCAACCAAUCUGGUUCGACCAAGAAUGGGCUUGGCUUGAAUUUGGCUGGGCUUUGACGUGUUGACUUUUGAGUUGGACUGGGGUGUUGGUCGACUAAACUUGACUUGGGCAG